AAUUGCUUUCAGAACUGACCAGACCAGACCCACCAUGGGCCAGUUCCGCCGGAACUUGUUCAAUCCGGCCGGUUUGUUUAACACGGAUGUGCACCAUUGGUGUACGAUAUACUUUUUCCUUCGAAAAUAAUGAUUUGUUUCUUGUGAGUCCUCAUGGAACUCUAUAAACCACUAUCUCCUUAUCCUCUUAUUUUAUCAUUCUACGCCACUCUUCCAUUUCAAAGAAGAUGGAAAAGUCGAAUAAAUAAGAAAACCAAACCCCUCAAUCCAAAAUGGCAAACACUAUCAUGGGUUUCACCAUGCCGAGAACUGGACUUCAUCACAUGCCUCUCCACAAUGGGAUUUCUUACGCUAACGACUUUCCCGAUAUGUCAUUUCAUGGAAGUUCAAGCUUUUCAUGGGGCAACAUGGGCGGUUUCCAGGUUGAAAUGAAGAAGAAAAAGAGAGAGCUAGUAAUGACUCAUGCUUUCCCAGAUUGGCCACACCUGAACCUCAUUGCAGUUCUGGUUCAGCAUGUGGACAGCCAAAGAGAUAUUGAGUUUAUUACCAAUAAGACCAUUUGGCAUCUUAGCGAUACCGCAAUCAAGAAUGUUUAUGCUUUUUACAUCAUGUUCACCGUUUGGGGCUGUUGUGUCUUUGGCUCAACAAAAGAUCCAUUCUAUGAUGGUGAACAAUAUAGAAAAGAUGGUGGAGAUGGGACAGGCCAUUGGAUUUAUGAUAAGCAAGAAGAUAUGGAGGCAGAGGCAAGAGCAGAGCUAUGGAGAGAGGAACUGAUCGAGGAGAUUGAACAGAAGGUUGGAGGGCUACGAGAGCUAGAAGAAGCAGGCAAGAAGACAGAAGAGCUUGUCAAGUGAAAAGAACCCCAAUAUAGAUCCCUCACAAUGGAAAAUCAAGAAACUACAAUUUUAAAUGCCUUGGGGGAAUAAACUAUUAUCAUGAUUCAGCUCCUAGCAAGCAAAAACUUUCAAAUUUCCCUAAGUAAUCAAGCCAGUCGAUAUUGUUGGGGUCAUCUCCUUGUUCUUUGUAAAUUUUGUAAUAGAAAUAUUGCCCAAUUAGUUGGAAAAAGCUUUGAAAAAGAUGUACAAGCAGUGUUCUAAUAUUCUAGCAUCUGUAUAAAAUUCAUCUCAACAAUGGUGCA